AUGAAACUUAUUGUGUUGGGAUUUUCGGGAAUCUUGUCUCGUCCUGUCCUGUCUUGGAAGAGCUGGAGAUUGUCGUGCAUUGGUAUUAUCCUAAAGUCUUUCAUGUGGAGUCGUGUGCAGUCUUUGUCAGUGAAGAGGCUCAGCUUGAAACUAGGUAAAGGUGAUGAUAAGUUUGAAGUUGAGAUUGAUGCUCAUCUGCUACGGUUUUUGAAGAUCCAUGACAGCAUAACAAAGAGUUAUGUGAUAAAGAACUUGGACUCUAUUGUCAAGCUGGAUGUAUCUCUCGGCUUUGGUGAAGACUUUGAUGAAGCAAGUGUUUCAUUAAAGAGACAUAGCAUCCGUAGGUUUCUCUCUGGGAUUUUAAAGGUUGCGGAAAUGAUACCAACAAAGACAAAAAAGCAUUUUCUUAUGUAA